UGAUCGACGCGAACGCACGUGGGCGCGUUUACUUCAGUUUAGUUUACGAUUACUUUUUUAUUAUUGUAAAGCUGUACAUACUUGUUUAUAAAUUUAAGUUUAAUUUAAUUUAGAAGAAAAUAAUUCCAUUUCUGCUAUAAAUAUGGGGAAAUUAAAAAAAUCAAAAAUUAGUAAAAUUAAAAGGAACAAUCAGAUGAAGACAAAGCUUUCAAAACAAGGAAAACUUAAGACUCGACGGCAUAAACCACCAAAGAAGCAACCUCAAAAAUCAGCACCACCAUGCUCAGAAGCAGUAGAGGAAGAAGAGAGUGAUCAUGGAGAGGAUUUGAUGAAUAUGGUUGAAGAAGAUGACUUAAAAUUCUUAGAAAAAGCUAUAUCUAAUAAAUCUUAUAACUUACUGAAACAAAUUCGCUUAACUGAAUCAGAUAAAGAUCAAAGUAAAAGAAAAAGAAGAAAAACAGAAGAUGAUCACGCAAUAGAGGAGUUAUAUGAGAAUAAUGUUUCUAAAAUCAUGGAAGAGACAGCCAAGAAAUCGGUUCGCAUGAUGCUUCCCAUAAAAACACAGGAUGGUCUUGUGGAAAAACGUGUUAUGGAAGAAGAUAAUGAAAUUAUAAAUGAGGAAGAAGAUCAAAUCACAGAUGAUAACCAAAAAGAAAAUGAGGAAAAUAAUCAGGAGGAAAAUAGUGACAUAGAAAUGGAUAUAGACUUAUAUAAUAACUUGCAAGGCACUGAUAAACCAGUAUCUACUAUUGAACUUUUGGCAUGUCGUGAAGAAUUAUUGAGAUCUAAACGGUUCAAGAUAGGAAUACUUUCAAGCGGUAUUCUAGAAAAUCCGCAACUCAAAUCUGGAAAUUUUAAGCUACUUCUAGACAUGAUGGAUGAGAGAGCUUCAGAAGUUUACAUCACCAUCAGAAAACUGGCAAUGGUGUCCCUUCUAGAAGUCUUUAAAGAUUUGCUACCAUCUUACAGUCUCUUACAGAUUUCUCAAGAAGGAGUAAAGUUGAAAAAAGAGACUCUUGCAUUGCAAAAUUAUGAAGGUACAUUGUUGAGCAGUUACAAAAACUACUUAAAGAGACUCGAAAAGAUAUCCAAUAUUUUGAGAAAAAAGAAAGGGGACACCCGACAAGUGAACGAACGAGAAAUGCGAUUGGGUGAAAUAGCUAUAUCAUGCAUGUGUGAGCUUCUCACCACUCAUCCAUACUUCAAUUUCUCUGUCAACAUAGCUAAUUAUAUCCUUCCUUUUUUGGAUAACAAACAGAGCAAUGUAAGAGAGAGAGUGGCUCAAUGCAUUUCUCAAAUAUUCAAAGACGACAAACGCGGUCAAUUAUCUCUCACAAUAGUUCGAAAAUUAAAUCAAUACAUAAAAUCGAGAAAACAUUCUGUGCAUUCUGAAGUCAUAAAAGUGUUAUUAUCUCUUCGCAUAAAAGAUAUCGAUUUGGAUAAGGAAAAAGAAGAAGAAACAAGACAAAAGAAACUCAUGUCUUAUAAGCAAAGAAUUCUUGCAUUAAGUAGACGGGAGAGAAAAAAAAGCAAAAAAUUGGAAGAAGUAGAGAAAGAAUUGCUCGAGACAAAGGCUGAAGAAAAUAAACAGGCAAAAUCUAAAAUUCUUACUGAAAUUACAAGUGUGUUAUUUACUAUAUACUUUAGAGCUCUAAAACAAGCUCCCAAUAGCAAAGUAUUGUCUGCAUGUCUGGAAGGACUAGCCAAAUUCGCACAUUGUAUCAAUAUAGAUUUUUAUCAGGAUUUAGUAAGUGUUAUAGAUCGAUUAAUAGAAGAAGAUCACUUAGGUUUGAGACAACAAUUACACUGUAUCCAAUGUAUAUUUACAAUAUUGUCUGGCCAAGGUGCAGUGCUAAAUAUUGAUCCAUACAGAUUUUAUGUGCAUUUAUAUAAAAAUAUGUUGAAAGUUCAUUGCGGGAAGACGCACGCGGAAACUGAGAUUGUACUAAAGACGUUGAUGCAGAUUCUUAUUCAUCAACGAAAAAGGAUUUCGCAGACGCGUCUGAUAGCGUUCGUAAAGAGAAUAAGCAUACUGGCUUUGCAGCUACAACAUAAUGCAACACUGGCAACUCUCGGUAUUUUAAAGCAAGUCAUGCAAUUUGGAAAAGCAGCACAUAUUUUAUUAGAUACUGAUUGCAUUGGAGAUGGUCAGUAUCAGAUCGAAAUCGAAGAACCUGAUCAUUGCAACGCGCAUUGUACUGCAUUGUAUGAGCUUGUUGCUCUACAGCGUCAUUAUCAUAGUGUAGUACGGCAACUCGCUAGAAAUAUAGCACAUGUGGUGCCUACAAGUGGCGAGGGCAGUUUGGCUAUUGAAAUUGCGAAAUUAACACCGGAAGAACUUUACACAGAAUAUGAUCCUACUGGUGUAGCAUUCAAGCCUACUAUACCUAUUCCAGAAAAGAUUACUGUUAAAAAAGCAUUGAAACAUCAUAACAUGAGUUCUAAACUCGAGGAAUAUCUUAAUGCUGUCGAUAUCGAUAAUCUAUUUACGGAUGGAUAUGUAGACUUUUAUAAAGCUUGUAAAAACAAUUUAUAAAAUAAAAUAAAAAAAUGUGUAU